UUGAAUUUCGAGUUGGAUUUGACUCUGGUUGUUAUCGAGUUUUCGCAAACAUGAAUGACUUCAACAGUGCUUACUGGAAAUUGACGAAAUUUCUGCAAAACUUUAUUGGCGUCUGGCCUUAUUCUAGCAAUUCUAAUGAUAAAUUUAAGCGUAUUAUGAUAUAUAUGGCUAUGUAUUCGUUAGCAGUUCCCGUAGUUUUAAAGCUCAUUGAAGAAGUCGAGUCGCACAUUGACAUUGUUAUUGAAAAUGUAUUUGGUGAACUUUAUAUUCUGAUUGUCCUCAUGAAAUAUACUAUGUGCAUAAUAAAUAGUAAUAAGAAAAUUUAUAAAUUAAUUCGAAAACAUUGGACGAUGACAACUGACAAUGAGGAGUUACAUAUCCUGAAGAAAUUUGCUAAUGUUGGCCGACUUCUAUCGAUUACAUAUGCAGUUUUUUGUUUCAGCGUCGGUGGUAGUUUCGUUAUUAUGCCAUUAAUUUAUCCGUUGUUAAAUUAUAUUUCGCCGUUGGAAAAUACUACUAGGCCCUUACAGCUUCCUAUUUAUGUCCAAUAUUAUAUUGAUCCACAAAAAUAUUAUGCUCUAUUGAUGAUUAAAAUAUGUGUAACGUCUAUGUUUAGCGUCGUAGUGUGCAUUGCUCAUGACACAGCAUACAUAAUGUGUAUAUAUCAUACAUUCAGCUUAUUUGAAAUAGUAAUUUUACGGCUACAAAGGCUUGCGGACAUGUGUUACGAUAUCGAAACGUCUAAGCAUUCCAUAAACUUUGAUUAUAAAGUAUACCAUCGUAUUAUCAAAUCAAUUGAUCUGCAUCAAUCAAUCAUAGAGAAUAUUCAAUGCAUUGAAAAGGCAUUUACUAUAAAUUUGUUUAUCACGGUUAUUGCAAAUACAGCCGCCACAGGAGGUGGACUUUUUGUAGUUUUUAUGAAAUUAUCAUCCCCAAUAGAUCUGGUCAGAUAUGGAUUGUUUGUAACAGUUAUAAGUGUCCACAAAUACUUUAUGUUCUUACCAGGUCAAACGAUUAUAAAUUACAGCCUCCUCGUAUUUAGACUUUGUUACGCCUGUAGGUGGUAUAAUUUCUCACUAAAAUGUAAAAUAUUGAUACAAAUUAUGAUGGCUAGAAGUCAGCAGCCAUGCUAUCUAACGGGUGGGAAAGUAUUCAUUCUAUGUUUGGAAACAUAUUCAGCACUGAUGAAGAAAGGCAUAUCAUUUUUCACUAUAUUUGUUAGCAUCCAAAAAAAAUAA